AUGACGAGCAACCGUCAGCGCACCGACAUCGCCCCUGCCGCUGUCAUGGCCUCAUGCCACCGCACCCGCGUGCUGCCCGAGCUCUUCCAGCACAUUGCACUCUUCCUGCCCUCGUCGCUGGACAUGGCCUCGUUCCUCACCGCGCUGCCAGCGAGCCUGCGCACACCAGCGCUCGAGAGCUUGUACCAGCUCCACCGCGCCGUCGCCCAGAGCCGCCUCUACUUUCCCAAGUCGGACCCGACGUACCCGCGGCGCGUGCACCUCUGGCCCAACUUGGUGUUGCCGCGAUACAUUGCCGAGGCCGAGAUUGCCGUUUGGAUUGAAAAGGUCAUGGUGCUCUACCCGGUCGUCGAGGUGCAGCACGUGGCCGUGCCGCUGCCGUACCCGCUGCUACCGACCACCAAGCUUGCGUUCGACUACCCGAUCUACCCGCACGAGCUCGAGCUCGUCUUGCGUCACUGGAAGGACCGGGCGAUUUCGAUCCUGCUGCUCAUUUCCGACAAUGGGCAGCCGCACCGGGGCAUGACCAUGGACGCAACCAUCGACGUGAUCCUGCGCGCGCUGCAGUCGCUGCCCGCGCUGCGCCAGCUCGAGCUCUCGUGGUUUGGCGCGUCGAUGCCGCUCCGCUUUCCGCGCGUGCUCUACGCCAUGACGACAUCGCCGAUCACCAAGGUCGACUUUCGCGACUGCCAUGUCGAGUGGGACCAGGCCAUGGUCGUGACGCUUGCCCAUUGGCUCACGACCAAGCCGCUCGUGUCGCUGGUCUUGCCCAAAACCAGCAUGCACGUGGGCAGCCUGCCGCUGCUGCGCGCCGCGCUCUGGGCCUCGCGCACCUUGCGGUCGCUGUACGUCUCGCAGGCCAACGUCGUGCUCGAGCUGCUCAGCGCGCCGUUCCGCCUCCCGCCGACGCUGCAAUCGCUCACGCUCAAGCCGUGCCGGUACGUGGACCUCCCGACGCUUUUGGCGGCGCUCGACAAGAGCCAAUUGACGACGCUCCAGCUCGGCUUCGCGCCGGCGCCGCCCUUGACGUCAACGCCGGCCAUUGCGACGCUGCUCGAGGUGACGCUGCCGGGCAUGUCGCGCCUCACCAAGCUGCGCCUCGACCGCAUUCCGAUCUCGCCCGUCGGCAGCAACGCGCUGGCCAUCAUCCUGCCGCGCCUUGUCGAAAUCGUGCUCAAAGACAACGUCCUCCUCGACAUGGGCGUGCUUGUCCUCGUCUCGGCGCUGCCGCGCUGCAAGAAGCUCCAGAAGCUGCGCCUCUCCAAGCAAGGCUGUACCGACACAUCCGCGAUGGCCCUCGCACGGCUAUUGCCGCUUUGCCCCGAGCUGCGCGAGCUCGACUUGUCAGAAAACUGCAUCCAGUGCCCUGGCGCGAUGGCACUCAGCGCCGCGAUCGCGUGCCUCGACGACCUCUGUCUGAGCAGCAACGAGGUCGGGCCUGAUGGUGCUGUCGCGCUCGUGCAGGCCAUGGCGCAGAACGCUAGCACGGCGCUCAUGACGUGGCUCCUCCUCGACUUCAACCCGCUCGGAGAGGAAGGCGUUCUAUCGGUCAUCGACGUGGUCGCUGCGAGCGCGCAUCGCUUUGGCCACAUUGACCUCCGCUGCACGGUUGAAGACCCGAUUGAGAUCGCGACCUGCGAAGCCGCCAUCGAGGCCAUGCCGUACCACGAAUGGUGCUGGUGGGACGCCUAAAUGACGCCGCUGCAUCCUCUAAAUACAGAUCACGACUCGAUAUCGUCGUACCCUGCAACAGACACGCGCGUCCGCAUGUCACCGCCGCCGCUUCGUCGCCCGUUGCCGACGCGCUCGCCGCCACCCGCUUGCGCCCACUGGUAGGUCUAACCAUGAUGAACGAACCGUCCUUGCUCG